AUGCCGCCCGAGCCCAGCCACCGCGCGCGCCGGCACCGCAGCCAGCCUCGCGCGCAGUCGCGGCCGAACCGCAGGCACUCGCGCUCCCCGUCCCGGGAGCCGCCGCGCCGGCGCCCGCAGGACGACGCGCGCCCGUCCUACUCGCCUACGCGCGAGCGCUCCGACCCGGACCUGCGCUCCCGAGAGCGCGAGCGCCGCCGCCAGGACACGGUGCUGCGAUCCAAGUCGCGCCCGCCCGGAUCGGGCCGAGGCGAGCGCGAGCGCGGCAGCCGCGGCAAGCCCAGCGUCAAGCGGCCGCACGUGCGCUUCAGCGCCAUCGAGGCCGAGGGCGCCGCCGAGACGCUCACGGCCAAGGCCACGCGCAGCGGCUUCCUGCGCAAGCAGGCGGACAACGAGCCGGGCGCGUGGAACGAGUACUACUUCGUCAUCAAGCCGCUCACGUACCUCUUCUACUACAACUCCAAGGAGGACGAGACGCCGCGCGGCAUCAUCGACCUCGAGUACCUUACGGACAUCAAGCGCAACGCCGACUGCCUGCAGCGCGCGGUCGGCGCGGGCGACCACUGUUUCCGCGUGUCGGGCAAGCUGCCGCGCCCCACGGCCGAGCAGACGGCGAGCGGGGACGUCCCCAAGAUGCGGCCGCUGUACCUCGACGUGGACGACGGCGCCGAGGCCGAGCUCUGGAUGGACGCGAUCCGCAACCACCGCUUCAGCGCCAAGAAGGACGAGCAGUUCUUCCAGACGGUGCACGAUCUGCAGGACGCGCAGGCCCGCGUGGCGCAGCUGGAGGAGGCGCAGCAAAGGGAGGCUGACAUCAAGCGCAACCUGCGCGUCAAAGCCAAGACCUUGCUGCAGAAGAUGCGCGCAGUGGACAGCGGCAACACCGAUGAGCUCCCGGAGGUGAAGCCCGAGGACCUGGACGACGUUGCCGACGAUAUGCUGGCCAUGCUGGAGGGGAUGGAGGACGUGCUGGUCAACUUCCAGUCCAAGCUGGAACAGCAGAAGCAGGAGCUGGACCAGAUGAGGGCGGAGAAGGCAGGGACUACAAGCACUCGACGAAACAUGGGCUUCGCGCAGGUUAUUCAGCGGGCAGUGUCCAGGCGCGAGAACACGAGCCUUUUGGAGCUGUCCGAGGGCGAGGAAGAGGAGACCAUGGCUGCUAUUAGGAGCAGGAGACAGCGUAAGCCUUUGGAUCAGCCGCCAAGACCGCAGGAGAGGCCAAGGGAGAAACCGCAGGAAAAGCCUCAGGAAAGACCCAGGGAGAAGUCCCAGGAGAGACCACGCGAGAAGUCCAAGGAGAAGGUCCGGGAGGAGCCGCCGGCAUUGGACAACGUGUCGGACGUUCUUGCCAUGUGGAAGGCAAAGCAGAAGAAAAAGCCGUCUACGAAGAAGCAGCCUGAACCUGAAGACGACGCGGACGACGAGGAUUCUAGGAGGAACCGAUCGACUCGAAGCAUGGGAUCGGACACGGGCUCGUCGAGGACGGCACAAAAGAGCCGCAGAAGCGAUCGAUCGUCGGAAGAAGACACGGCCUCACUUGCUUCGACGGACGACCGCGAGUCUGGCGAGAAGCUGCCCCCGGGUUGGACCAAGCACGAGAGUCGCGGUUACCCUGGGACAUACUACUACGCUCACGAAUCGGGUAAGGUGAGCUGGGAGGUGCCGACGGAUGACAUGACAGUUGUCGAUACGAGCGUCGACACGAGUACCGAGUAUCUGAGCGAAUAUGAGGAUGACGAACCGACCGCGGGCGGCAUUACGUCGGCUGCGUACCGGAAAAAGAAGCAGCCGAAGCCCAAGUCUGCAUGGGGGUUCAAGCUGCCCAAGCUCCUGCCCACGGCUAACCAAGCGGCACCGCCACCGGAAGCGGCCGCCUCCCUGUCUCCAAUUCGCCGUGGCUUCAACCAUCACGAAUUUUGA